GUUUGAAGAGGUUGCUCUCCUUUGGCGGCAGCUGCACGUUCGGCAUCGCGGCUGGAGAGGAGGCUGGUUGCCCGCGCGCUCCGUUUCGCGGGAUGGGCACCGGGACGAGCCGCGGCUAAGAGUCGUGCUGCGGGCGACGGGCACACGCAAGGACUACUCUUCUGGAGAAGAGUCGAGACGGAAGAGGCGGGAUCAAGCUCUAAGCCGGAAGGGGUGAACCUGGCCAUGAAAGUGAUCCGGUGCCUGUCGGGCUGAAACGUAGUGGACCAUAGAAGGUUCAGACCUCCGAAACUUGGAAAACACGAAGAAGUAGGAAAAAAAAGGAAGCAAAAGGAAUCCAUCAUCCCACAACUAGAGAUCAUCUUACUAACGUUUUGAUGCUGAAAUGAAUCGUCACCUGUUUGCUUGGCUUUUUAGACAUCCGUGUCUUAAUGGUCACCACCAGUGCCAUGUCCAUCUCCAUUCUCAUCAACUUACACAGAUACCUCUUGACACAAGGCUGUGGGUUUUUAGACGAAACAGGAAUCACAUUCUCCAUUGUCUGUUAAGUGAGAAUUGGUCCAGGAGAUAUUGUCAUCAAGAUACCAGGAUGCUCUGGAAGCAUAAAGGACUACAGAAAUACAUGGAGGACCUGAGUAAGGAGUACCAAACACUUGAUCAUUGUUUGCAGCAUAUCUCUGUGAGUGAAGGGGACCGGAGGUCCUUGAAUCAACGGCACGCUGAGCUGGCUCCGCUUGCAGUCAUUUACAAAGAAAUUCAGGAGGCUGAACAAGCCAUUGAAGAAUUAGAAUCAAUGUGUAAAAGUCUAAAUAAAGAAGAUGAAAAGCAGUUACAAGAACUUGCUUUGGAAGAGAGGCAAACCAUUCUUCAGAAAAUCAACAUGUUAUACAGUGAGCUUCUCCAGAGUCUAGUGCCAAAGGAGAAAUAUGACAAAAAUGAUGUUAUUUUAGAGGUGACAUCUGGAAGAACUACUGGAGGUGAUAUCUGCCAACAAUUUACCCGGGAAAUAUUUGAUAUGUAUCAGAAUUAUUCAAGCUACAAACACUGGAAAUUUGACCUUCUGAAUUAUACACCAGCUGAUUAUGGUGGGCUACAUCAUGCAGCUGCCCGAAUUUCCGGUGACAAUGUCUAUAAGCAUUUGAAGUAUGAAGGUGGGAUUCACCGAGUUCAGCGAAUUCCCGAGGUGGGCCUGUCGUCAAGGAUGCAGCGUAUUCACACGGGAACGAUGUCGGUUAUUGUCCUCCCUCAACCAGAUGAGGUAGAUGUGAAAGUGGACCCCAAGGAUUUACGAAUAGAUACAUUUCGAGCCAAAGGAGCAGGAGGGCAGCAUGUGAAUACAACUGAUAGUGCUGUCAGACUUGUCCAUGUCCCCACAGGACUUGUAGUAGAAUGCCAACAAGAACGAUCACAGAUAAAAAAUAAAGAAAUAGCUUUGCGUGUGUUGAGAGCUAGACUCUACCAGCAGAUUAUUGAGAAAGACAAGUGUCAACAACAGAGUGUGAGAAAACUGCAGGUGGGAACAAGAGCCCAGUCAGAGAGAAUUCGGACAUAUAAUUUCACCCAGGAUAGAGUCACUGACCACAGGAUAGCAUAUGAAGUUCGUAAUAUUAAGUAAUCAGGUUUUCAUAGUAACUCUCUUUCACCAGGAAUUUUUAUGUGGGGAGAAGUGCCUGGAUCAGCUAAUUCAGAGACUGCUUCAAUCAGCGGAUGAAGAAACCAUUAAUGAAUUUUUGGAUGAAAAUCUUAAACCAGCAAAAUAAAUACUGAUUUAUAAUUUAUUAUUAUAUAAAUGAAAUGGACCUAUGUCAAGAAGCAGACCGAGGUAGGGAAAUCUUUAUGAAAGUUGAUAAAGAGCAGCUAAAAAUACAUGGUACUCACAAAAAUAUUUUUUAAUGCAUCCAGUCACAUUUCUUGACCUAAGUUUAUUUUAGGUUUCCUGUAAAGUACAAUCCAGCUCUUCAAGUAGAAACAAAGCAUGCAUUGUUGAAAAGAGAAAUAAAGUAUUGAGAAUUGACUGUGUGAUGUAGGACAGAUCACUUGUUCUCUUUAUAUGCCUUUUCUUUUAACCAUCUAUAAAUUAAUUUAGACACAUUUCACAUCUGUUACUUCAGGACUUUGCCCGUGGUAUAAUUUAGUGAUAUAAAUUUAUAAACUUGUUUGUAAACUCCUAUUUAAAGACAAAGUACUAUUAAUCAUGUUAAAGUUAGGACUUAAACUGCUACUUUUAUUUUUGAUUUUUUUUUUUUUUUUUUUUGCGGUACGCAGGCCUCUCACUGUUGCGGCCUCUCCUGUUGCGGAGCACAGGCUCCGGACACGCAGGCUCAGCGGCCAUGGCUUACGGGCCCAGCCGCUCCGUGGCAUGUGGGAUCUUCCCAGACCGGGGCAUGAACCCGUGUCCCCUGCAUCGGCAGGUGGACUCUCAACCACUGCACCACCAGGGAAGCCCUAACCUGCUACUUUUAAAUAAAAAAGUAAAUAAAAGUUGUGAAGAAUAUGAGUUGCUAACUGUGAGCAUCUCUAGGAUAUAGAUGGUAGAGCUCUUGGAGAGCUGAGUGAACUCUGUAGUGUACAAACUACAAGUCAAUAUUUAAAGCAGACUCUCUGCUUGGCUUCUAUUUUCUAAUUGUUCUUUGACUUAACAAGCAUCAACAGAUGUGGUGUAAUAUGAGUAAUUCACUGAGGUCGUUUUUGUGCUGUGAUAUAUAAAACCUAGUCCUUACCUUACAGACCUUCCAGCUGAGCAGGGAGCCAAAAUAUAAGUCCCCAACUCUAAUUCAAAGUGGCAUGUUGUAUUUAGUAAUUUUUCUCGGGAAGUUUCUUGAGUGAAAAAGAGAGCGGUUGUUAUUUUAGAUAGUUCCUCAGAGAGGAACUGUAUGCCAGGAAAGGCGAAUUAAAAUAGUUUUUUUUUUUUUUUUUUUUUUUUUUUUUUCCGGUAUGCAAGCCUCUCACUGUUGUGGCUUCUCCCGUUGCGGAGCACAGGCUUGGGACGCGCAGGCUCUGCGGCCAUGGCUCACGGGCCCAGCCGCUCUGCGGCACGUGGGAUCUUCCCGGACCGGGGCAUGAACCCACGUCCCCUGCAUCGGCAGGCGGACUCUCAACCGCUGUGCCACCAGGGAAGCCCUAAAAUAGAGUUUUAAGACCAAUUGAAUGAUUUGGAGGUAAAGAUGAGAGAAAUUUUUUCCCAAAUUUUUAUUUUGAAAAUUUUCAAGCACACAGAAAAGUUUUAAAAAUAAUUUUUAAGAAACAGUUCAAUGAAUAUUUUAUCAUCUAGAUUCAACCAUUGUUAAUAUUUUGCCACAUUAGCUUUUUUUGUUUCUCUGUACACACACACACACACACACACACACACACACACACAGAGUGGUUGCUGGACUAUUUAAAAGUUAGUUGCAGAUCUUAUAACACUACUAAAUGUUUCAUCACAUCCUAGGAAAAAGGACAUUCUCAUACAAAAUUAUAACUCCAUUAUCACACCGAUUGUAUAUCAAUAAUAAUAAUAUAAUAAUUAUAUAAUAUGAUCUAAUAGCUAUUACAUAUCAGAAUUUCUUCAGUUAUCCCCAAAAUAUCUUUUUUUUAGCUGUUUUUGUUUGUUUUGUCCAAUCCAGGAUCCAACCAAGACUUACACGUUACAUUUGCCAGUAUCUCUUUAGUUUUUGGAUUAAUCCCCCAAGUUUUUUUCCGUAUGACACUGACCUUUUGAAGAGUCCCACAAGGUUGUUUUGUAGAAUAGUCUACAUUCUAAAUUUGCCUGGUUUGCCCUUAAUGUACUAUAAAGUAAAAUUAUGUCUAAAGAUUAAUUAAAUUCAGAUUAAACACAUUUGGUAAGACUA